UUAAGUCGUUUACCCUAAUAUCCCUCUCCUCCUCUCCUCUUCUUUCUCCCCAACGUCUCUUUUCCAACACAAAAAAAGAAAAAAUAAAAAAAUAAAAAAAAAUUCGAAAAUCAAAGAAAAAAGGAGAUAACAAUGGGGAAGCUAAUCUGCGACUCGACGGCGUCGUCCCCGGUGAUCCUGUGGCGUGAUCCGACCACCACCCCCUCCUCCGAUCAGGCGUCGGUUCCGCCACCGCAGCCGGAGAUCGCGUGGGAGAGCGUGCCGAGUCUGGAGGACCAGCAGAAGAGGCAUCUCACGCGCCUCUACAACAAGGGGGUCCUCUGGAAGCACCCGGAGGAUAAAAACCUCAACAUUGUGUUCAGGCUCGCCCACGGCGGAGAGGUCGAAGCGGACGGUAACUGCCUCUUCACGGCGGCGCGUAAGUCCAUGGGCGUCGAGGCGGCUGCGCGUGAGCUCCGCCUGAGGACGGUGAAACGCUUCGUCGAGGAUCUCGGAUCGGUGGACGAGGUGACGAGGAGGUUCAUCGAAUCGGCGAUUAGGCACAUGUACACGCCAGAUCUGCAGUCAGGUUGGGGGAUCCAUGUGGUCCAGGAGGUUAAGCUGUUGGCCAAAAAGGAAGAUCGGGUGGGUUUGGAUUCCGCCAUUGAUGAGCUUGUGCAGCUCGGUAUGCACAGAGAAAUGGCUGCUGAGUCUAUUUUCAAAGAAAGAUGUGUAGCUGUAGAUGAUGGACUGAGUUGGUCCAAGUACAUGUCCAUAUCAGGCUCCGGGGAUGACGAAUACGAUAUCAUCAAUCUGCAAUAUACUGAGGAGGGUUUAUUGACAGUGGAUGAAAACAGAGACGGCCAUGCGGCUGCCUUUGGAGAUGACAUAGCAAUAGAAUGUCUUGCCACAGAGUUCAAAAGAGAAAUCUUUGUGCUGCAAGCACACGGAUCGGAUGCGAUGGUUGAUGAGGACAACUGUGUAUUCUUCUUGCCUCAUCGGCCAAGGAGUGAGAUAUGCGAGCCACCAUUCUUUCUGUUCAUGAAAGGAACGGGAUGGUGCGGGGCUGGAGCAGAUCAUUAUGAGCCUUUGGUGGCGCACCGCUCAGUGCUUAGCUCCCCAGAGAAAGUAGCUUUGGUGCUUUAGAAUGUUUUGCGCAUUCAUUUUUGUAGGCUGUUGGGGAGAUUGUGAUCUAUCUCUAUUUUUUUUCUUCUAGUUAUUCAAUUUUUGGUUUACAAGAUUUAUGAUUUUUUGGGUAUGAGAGUAUUAGUUUUUUUUAAUUAGGGCGGCUUUUUUAUGUAGCUUAUUGUGAGGGUAGUUUUUUUAAUUUUAUUGUUGUUGUUGUUUAUAUUCUUAUGGUGUUGGAUUCAGAAUCGGAACGCCAUCUUCUGUUGUACGUACGUGUUCCAAAUGCUUGGGAUGGAAAUGAUCAACUCUAGAGUUCUAUCUA